CAGCGAAACUUCCUGAACGCGUUCUCGUGACGCGCCCCGCUCUCUUUCUUCUUGGUUCUCUCAUUGACAUUCGCAAGCAACUGAAAUGGGAUCAGAUGGCACUGACAGAAACACAGAGGACCUUUUUUUUGUUGGCUCCGAUGAUGAGUCCACUGCCGGAAAUGCUCCCAUGAAUGUCGACGGGGAGAUAUACAUGCCUCAAAGACAAUAUUCAGAGCCGCUUUUUCUGGGUAAUGAAGGCUCUGGUGAUGACUGUGACACAAACAAAACAUCUAUGAAUCUAGACGAAGAGACUCAUGAGGCGACCUCAAGGUCGCGUUUGGAGCCUCUCUUUUUGGGGGAUAGUGAAGACGACGACCCUUUGUAUCCUACUACCCCCUCUUCCUCGUCAAAGGGGAAACGGCCUAUGAUAAAGGAACUGUAUGAAAGUGAUACUGAGGUUGGCUCUGUUGCAGAUAUUCCUCGUGCGUCGAGCGCCAGUUCUUUCUCAGAUCGGGUCUCCGUUUCUCCUCCACCCAUCACUGAGAAGAUCAAGGAAAAGAGGUCUCCAAAGAAGCCACCACUAAAGAAGCGGAAACUUUCUCUUUCUUCCGGUCUACCUAUCGUCGAGCUGGAUGUCAAUACAUUCGCAGCCACCUACAUCGGCGAGUUCGUGGUUUCAAACGCCUGGAGCAAUGUUUCCGGAAAUGGAUAUGUAAAGCACAAUGAUCCUGUGCGCAUAGAACGCGAUCAAAAGGAUGGGUCGCAGCCGAGCUCCAGCAAGAAGGGCGCAGGGAAACCGACUACGAACGGGAAGAAACAGCUCUCCAUAGCGACAAUGUUCAAACCUCAACCUGUGCAACCAUCUAAAAAGAAAGCGGAUAGCAUUGUUCGUUUGCUUAAUAGUCGUGGAUUCGAAUUUGGACGCCUUCCUCAAGACGUUUCUUCCUGGGUUUCGAAACUUCUUGACCUCAGCAUCGUUGAGCUUCGCGGAAAGAUGACCGACUGUCCUGAGAGACUAUCAACAGGAGCAAGUCUCAUCAUCACCAUCGAUGUCUAUAUGCUCCCAGCUGCAUUUGUUCCUGUUGGUCACACCACAAGUGAACAUCGUUCAAAAUUAAAUUUCAGCGAAGGUUCUGAAACGCAAGGGGAACUGGAGCUUCGCGAAAGAAAAAUGGCUAUCCUCAAAAUGUUUGACGUCCUUGGCCUAAAACCUCGAGCUGGGGCGAUACAGGGAGGCGGGAAAAAUGACGAACGGCUUCACCAGAAUACACUCACGCAGAUCGGCAAACAAGAAGUUAAGGCUAAGGAAAUUGUUGGUGAUGGUGAAGAGAUCGAGGUUAAAGAGGAGGAAGAUCUCUCUAAGAAUGAUCUCGACAUGAUUUACGAAAAAGCUCAGCACAGCGACUGUACAUUGGGAGAAAUGGAGCCUGCUGACACGUUCAAUCUAACAUUACGAGGUUAUCAGAAACAAGCUUUAUUUUGGAUGCAAUCUCUAGAGUCGGGUAAAAGUGAUGCUCGAGAAGCGACCUCAAUGCAUCCACUCUGGUGCCAGUAUGCAUUUCCGAUCAAAAAUGACUCUGAGAUAAUAGAUUUGACGGAAGAUGAAAAGCCGUUCUAUUUCAAUCCAUACUCGGGUGAACUGAGUUUGACCUUUCCCAAGGCAGAAAGAAACUGCCAGGGUGGAAUUCUUGCGUACGAGAUGGGCAUGGGCAAGACGAUUAUGCUAUCUUCUCUCAUUCAUACCCACUUAGCGUCUGGUGAGGACGUACCUGAAGCUGCUACAGCCUCUACGAAAAGCAAGCAGUUAAGGCUUGACGCUGCGUUUAAGCCCGCUGCUCGUAGGAAACCCUUUAAAUCUCCUAAUGCAACACUAAUCGUCGCCCCGACAUCUCUGCUUGCGCAAUGGGCCAAUGAGAUAGACAGGUCAAGUAAACAGGGCACAGUCAAGGUUCAGAUUUGGCAUGGCCAAAAUCGUCUCGAUUUGGAUGCAGCGAUGGAAGAUGAUGAGGGCGAUACAUCGAUUAAGAUUAUCGUGACAUCCUAUGGCGUACUGGUGUCCGAGCAUGCCAAAUCUGAGAAGUCCAGUCAUUGGAAGUCUCCUAUCUUUGAGACCGAAUGGCUACGGGUAGUGUUGGAUGAGGCUCAUGCCUGUAAAUCCCGGACCAGUAAAACCGCAAAGGCCGUGUACGCUUUACGCGCAAGGCGAAGAUGGGCUGUUACUGGGACACCAAUAGUGAACAAAUUAGAAGAUCUGUUUUCUCUUCUACGAUUCUUGGACUUCAAGCCGUGGUCCGAUUUCUCCUUCUUCCGAUCGUUCAUUACGGUUCCCUUCCUCGCUCGCGAUCCCAAGGCCAUCGAGGUCGUCCAGGUGAUCCUGGAGUCAGUAUUAUUACGGCGUGAGAAGAAUAUGUGUGACGCAAAUGGUAAGAAAAUCGUGGAUCUACCUUCCAAGGAAGUGGUUUUUGAGAACCUGGAAUUUUCUAUGGCUGAAAGGAAGCUGUACGACUCGAUCUAUAACUCGGUAAAGAAGAAUUUCGAUCAGCUUAGCGCGAGGGGCUUGAUUGGUAAAAAUUAUACGCACAUCUUGGCAAUGCUGAUGAGGUUGCGUCGCGCUGUACUUCACCCGAGUCUUGUCCUUUCACCUGAAGAAGACCGCGCCUUGUCUCUAUGUGGUGAUGGCUUCAUAGACAUUAAAGAUAUCCUCGACGCAUUCCAGGAGAAUGAUCGGGGUAGUGCUUCAGGAAGCAGGGUUUUUGCUCAAAAUGCUCUUGCCAAUCUAGGCGAGGACGCAUCGGAAUGUCCUAUCUGUAUGGAUGUCAUGGAUAAACCUAUGAUUGUUCCAGAAUGCAUGCAUCAGUGUUGCAAAGACUGUAUAACUAUGUUUAUAGCAACAUGUGAAGAGAAGGGACAAGAACCUGGUUGUCCGACAUGUUCCCGUCGUCCAAUCAAGGCAAACGAACUCAUUGAAGUAGUAAAACCACAAAACUCAGCAGUCUCUGGACCUGCGAUGAAGCAGGGCACCCAAGUCAUAUUACGAAAGAAUAACUUCCAGUCUUCCACUAAGCUUGAUGCCCUGCUACAGAACCUGCUACGACUUCGUGACCAAGAUCCUUGCUUUCGUGCUGUUGUUUUCUCUCAAUUCACCUCGUUUCUUGAUCUAAUCGGAAAGGCGCUUCAACGUGAACGGUUCGACUUUUACCGCUUCGAUGGAUCUAUGGAUGUCAAGAAGAGAGCUGCAGCCCUAAAUGACUUCAAAUCAACGUCAAGGACGCCGAAGGUGCUCACUGUGAGCCUUAAAGCAGGGGGUGUCGGUUUGAAUCUAACGAACGCUAACCAUGUUUUUAUGAUGGACUGCUGGUGGAACGCAGCCACCGAAAACCAAGCCAUCGAUCGAGUCCAUCGUUUGGGACAACAGAAAACUGUCUACGUCAAGCACUUUAUCAUAUCUAACACUAUCGAAGGCAAGAUUCUACAAAUUCAGAAACGAAAAACUGCCAUCGUGAAGGAGGCGUUCAGAGGAAGCGGUACAGGAGCAGAGAAAGAGAGUGUGGAAAAUCUGAAGAUCAUGUUUGGGGAAGAGUAGAGCGGUCCAGGAGGGGCCUGCGAUACUAUUGGUGCCUGUACAUUUGUAUUUAGUUACACCUAGACGAGGCCCCACGAGGUUCCUUGCUUAACGAUAGUUACCCGAUUUAGAAACGAUCGAUACUGUGUAGAAAGUCCACUCCGCCUACUUAUUCCGAUCCUGCU